UAACAAUGAAGGCUGCCAAGGGUAAGGGGGCAGCAAUCAGGGUCCCAAAGGAGGCAUUGAAGCCAGUUGAUGACAGAAAGGUCGGGAAGAGAAAGGUUGCCACUAAGGCAAAUAAGGGUGGCAAAAGUCAAGCCAAGAAGGGAAAGUUGGCUAAGAAAGACCCCAACAAGCCUAAGAGGCCUCCCAGUGCCUUCUUUGUAUUUCUCGAGGAGUUCAGAAAGACCUUCAUGAAAGAAAAUCCUCAUGUGAAAGCUGUCUCAGCUAUAAGUUCUUUGUGA